AUGCAACACGAGCCAGAGGCAUCCUGCGAGAAGAACUGGAUACAAUUUGAAGGCAGCUGUUACUAUAUCCAUUCAAGAAAAUCUACUUGGAUGAACGCAAGAUCUGUGUGCAAAACAAAGGGAAGUGAUCUGGUUGUAAUAACCAGUGAAGAGGAACAGCAUUUCCUGAUGAUAAAUACAAAUGGCAAAGACCAACGUUUUUGGAUUGGGCUGCAUGACAUGGAUGAUGAAGGCACGUGGACAUGGGUGGAUGGAACAGACUAUGAAAAGUCAUACAAGUUCUGGAAGAAAGGGGAACCAAAUGAUUAUGAUUCGAACGAAGACUGUGCUCACUUAUGGAGAAAUGGAGAGUGGAAUGAUGUGCACUGUACCUAUAACGAUUGUUACGCAAUUUGUGAAAAGAAACUUGGCUGAUAAUUUGGUUUACCAUCAACCAGCUCAUUUUAUACAUCUCACAUUUACUAAAAGUCAUCAUCGAAAACAAAUAUACGUCUAAAGGUUGCAAUAUUUUGAGGUGUAUCAAUUCCUAUGUUAUUAUAAGUAUAUAAGUGAUUGGUUUCAUGAAUAAACUGCAGAUGAGAAAUGUGUUUGAUAGAACUAGGCUGUCACUAAACUAUUUUUAGUUUCAGAACACCUUAUGUCUUCUAAUAUUGGCAAUGAUGCUUACCAAAUACAAAAAUGUUCAAUUUUAGAAGUCUAAGAUCUAUUUGUAAUUAUAAAUACAAUACUAUCUAAUAAAUCUAUUAAUAAUGGAUUA